UAUUUUUCAGCGACUUUUAUCUGCACAACAACAUCCAACAGCACGACGGCAGUUAUCCAGUCCGUUCGUUGCCCAUCAUGAAGACCACUUGGAAGGAGAUCGCCCCGGUGCCGACGAGCCAGGAAUUUCUGGACAUCGUCCUCAGUCGCACUCAGAGACGACUUCCAACGCAGAUCCGAUCUGGAUUCAAGAUCAGUCGUAUUAGAGGUUUCUAUACCCGAAAAGUCAAGUUCACCCAGGAGACUUUCUGUGAGAAGUUCCAGGCGAUUCUCGAUGGAUUUCCCAGACUCCAGGACAUUCAUCCUUUCCACAAGGAUUUGAUGAACACACUUUACGAUGCCGACCACUUCCGUAUUGCGCUCGGUCAGGUCUCGACUGCGAAGCACCUAGUUGAGACCGUUUCCCGCGACUAUGUCCGUUUGAUCAAAUACGCCCAGUCGCUCUUCCAAUGCAAGCAGCUCAAACGUGCUGCCCUUGGUCGUAUGGCUACCAUCUGCAGGCGUCUCAAGGACCCGCUUGUCUAUCUGGAGCAGGUGCGACAGCACUUGGGUCGUCUGCCCUCGAUCGACCCAAACACACGAACCCUCCUGAUCUGUGGAUACCCCAACGUUGGAAAGUCCAGCUUCCUGCGCAGCAUCACCCGCGCAGACGUUGAUGUGCAGCCCUACGCUUUCACUACCAAGAGUUUGUUUGUCGGCCAUUUCGAUUACAAGUACCUGCGAUUCCAGGCCAUUGAUACGCCUGGUAUUCUCGACCACCCUCUGGAGGAAAUGAACACCAUCGAGAUGCAGUCCAUCACCGCCAUCGCCCAUCUUCGGUCCGCUAUUCUCUACUUCAUGGAUCUGUCUGAGCAGUGUGGUUACUCAGUCACCGACCAGAUCAAGUUGUUCAACAGCAUCAAGCCCCUUUUCGCGAACAAGUUGGUCUUUGUCGUUAUCAACAAGAUUGAUGUCAAGCGCCCCGAGGACUUGGAACCUGAGAUGCAGGCUGAGCUCCAGUCUAUCCUCAAGUCCGGAGAAGUUGAAAUGUUGCAGCUGUCUUGCACAACAACGGAGGGUGUCACGGCUGUGAAGAACGCGGCUUGCGACAAGCUGGUCGCAGAGCGAGUAGCGCAGAAGCUGAAGGCCGGUUCAAACAAUAGUGGCACACCAUCCGGUCGUCUGGGUGAUGUCCUCUCCAGGAUCCACGUCGCGAUGCCCAUGGGCGGUGUCACGCGCGAAACAUACAUUCCGGAGGCUGUCAAGAGCCUCAAGAAGUACGACAAGGAGGAUCCCGAGCGACGGAAGCUGGAGCGCGACAUCGAGGAGGAGAAUGGAGGUGCUGGUGUGUACAACAUCGACCUGCACAAGAACUACAUGCUUGCAAACGACGAGUGGAAGCAGGACAAGAUGCCUGAGAUCUGGAACGGCAAGAACGUCUACGACUUUGUGGACCCCGAUAUCGAAGCCAAGCUGGCUGCUCUGGAGGAGGAAGAAGAGAAACUCGAGGCUGACGGCUUUUACGAGUCGGACGAGAGCGUCGAAGAUGCGGAGGAUGCAGACAUUCGUGUGAAGGCGGAUCUCAUCCGCGAGAAGCGGGCUUUGAUCCGCAACGAGGCCAAACAGAGGAAGUCGCUCAAGAACCGUGCGGUCAUUCCUCGCAGUGCAAAGGCCAAGAAGUUGUCCGAGAUGGAGGCUGCGCUUGACUCUGUUGGAUACGACGCCGGCGCUGCAACUGCUCGUGCUCGCGAGCAGAGCCAGGCUCCUCGUGGUCGCACCACAACCCGCAGCGAGAUCGACAACGACGAUGCUAUGGAUAUCGACGCGAGCUCGAACCCUCGCGAGGCCAUCGCUCGCGCCAAGAGCCGCGCUCGCAGCCAGGCGGCAACGAACCGUCUUCUGGACGGUGUUCAGGACGCUACUUCUCGCAGCAAGGCGGAGAGGCUGGCGAAGCUGGGCCAGAAGAAGAUGAACCGGAUGGCGAGACAGGGAGAGGCCGACCGACACACGACCGCGUCGCUGCCGAAGCACUUGUUCACUGGCAAGCGUACCAUUGGCAAGACGCAGCGUCGUUAGACUUUCGUCCAGGUGGUGUAGUGGACGACACGAUGAAAUCUGGUCGUGCUAUGAUUGGUAUAAAAAACGGCGUUCUGGGGAGUCUUAUUGUUUCUUAUGGUUUUCUAAUCGCCAACGGCCGUCUUAAGUCGCGAGUCUCGAUUGUAGAUGUUGAUACCUGUUCAUAUCGAUAUACGCUUGUCAACGCAAUGGCAGGCGCAGACAAGAUAUUAAAUACGCCAUUUCCUAGUCUUAGAAACAUCAGACAUCUAACUCCA